AUGGCGUCAGAAGGCAGCGUCCAAGCCUGCAGUAUGGUGCAAUCCUUGGCCGACAGCUCGUCUAUACCCUUCUAUCCAAGCUUAAGCGCUGGCCCUUCCGAAGCUCCGCCACCAUACGAAGACCUCCGAGAGCAACCAACAUCGCUUGUGGAGAAGGAUGGAAAGACACCCAGAGACAAUACAGAUCAAAAAGCUAAACACGAUCUGGAGAGCGGGACCCACUCACGCUUCAAUGCACCGCCCACCGUCAUGGAUGGCAAACAAGGAAAGCGUCUGUCACUUGCUCACUUAGCAGAGACAGGAAAGCUACCAGCGCUGCGGAAAAUUGGCCGCGGAGGCUCUGAUGAGACGUUAGCAUCUCUGGACAAAUCUUGGCGAUAUCAUCGACAAGAGUUCGGUUCCACGGACACCAAGACUGUUGCCCGUCUCUUUGACUUAUGCCGAUGCUGGAACACUUUGGGUAUGCUUCGUGAUGCUGUGGAGACAGAAGCACCGCAGGUCUUAUCUUGGACGAUCAAAGCCCGUAACACCGAAUUCUUCGAUUUCCUCUUGCAACAGCAAGUCGAUGUUGAUCGACCGGACGAGGAAGGCAAAACUCCAUUGUUUCAUGCUUCAACGUUAGGCAAGGCUUUCAUUGUAAGAAGAUUGCUUGACACUGGAGCCAAUGUACAUUGCACCGCGGGUAGUGUUACCCCUCUCCACGUUUCAGCCGAGAAGAACUAUACCUCAAUUGUAGACUAUCUCCUGGAAGCCGGCGCAGAUGUCAAUGCGCUGAACUCGAAGGGUAAUACCGCGCUAUACUGGGCCAGUAACAAUGGGAAUCUAGAAAUGGUUAGGAAACUUUUGGGCAAAGGCGGUCAAGCAAAUCAUACCGCUCCGUCGACCAUCUCUCCGCUUCACGUUGCCGCAGUUCGAGGUCACGUGGAGAUCGUUGAGGUCUUAUUGGAUGCAGGGGCGGAUCUCAACGCACGAAACUUUGAAAUGACACCAGUGCUUGUAGCGAUCUCAUACCAGCAAGAACGAGUCCUUGACUGUCUGCUCACUCGGGGUGCGAUAGCAAACCCCAGCUUGGGCGAAAAAUUCGCGCUGCACUUUGCUGCCGGAAAAGGAUCACGAAGCCUUGUUACCCUGCUUCUGGAUGCCGGAGUUGAAGUAAACACGACGAGCGCUAAGGGUCAUACGGCUCUUCACAUAGCCGCAGCCUUGGGGAACGAAGACCUCGUUGACAGACUGCUGGCGAGAUCAGCCUCCGUCAAUUUGAAGUCGCUGUCUGGUUUCACGGCCUUGCACGACGCCUCAUUGGCGGGCCACAUCGUUGUGGUCAAACAGCUUUUAUACGCGGGUGCUGACAUUGCAUCCACCACCUGCACUGAUUACACCGCUCUGCACUUUGCCGCGGAGAAAGGCUCUCUCGACGUAGUGAAGCGACUCAUGGAGGCCGGAUCGGAUGUCAAUGCCCAGUCAAUCAGAAAGUGGACCCCGCUGCUGUGUGCGUGCAGAGAGAAGCAUUUAGCUGUUGUCGAAUUGCUCCUCGACCACGGUGCUAACCCUGAUCUGUUGGAUUCUCAAGGCGUCUCGCCGUUGAUCAUCGCGAGCGAAAAUGGAGACUUGGGCAUAGUGAGGAAGCUUGUCUGCGACUGUUCCGCAAACGUCAAUAGCCAGUCGAUGAAUGGCGUUACUGCUCUUCACAUGGCAGCCCAGAACGGUCAUGCAUCUGUCGUGAGCUUCCUUCUGAAUAACGAAGCCGACGCAAACACAUUGUUCUUGGGGAACACGACGCCAUUGGCGAUGGCGACCUGGCAUUUACACACUGAUGUCAUCAACCAUUUAAUCCCGGUCACAAAAGAUCCCUGCCUGUUGGAUUGCUUCGGCUGGAACAGCAUCGACUGGGCGACAGCAGACCCAUCGGUGCUCUCUAAAUUCUCCCUCGAAACCCGACCCGAGGAAUACAUCCCCACCAGCGUAGCAACACGCAAAUCUCAUGUACGUCGGAACAUCAGCAAUCUAGCGCGCGCAAUGCUCCAAGCCAACGUCGCAAACGACAACCGACUUCCCGUCCUGGGCGAAUGUCUGCUGAUCAUGCACGACACGACCGACGCCGAACAUGCAUUCCAGCUCCAGGUACACCCGUACGCCACCACGGCGGAGGGACCACUGACGUAUUGGCUUGCGUGCAACUCGUGCGAGACCGAUAUCACGGGCAAUCUCUACAUCUGUCUCACAUGCGCCGACACAGCCUUGUGCGAGGAUUGCAUGACGAAGUACAAAGACAAGACGAAGGAGAUGAGGACCUGUAAGGAUCACGUGUAUCAUGGCAUCUUGUCGCAUCGGCAUUGGGAAGGCGAGUACGGCAAGUGGCCGUCGCAGCUUGUGAAUACGAGAGGCCAAAGUGUGGAUGGGUGGUUGAGACACGUUCUGGUUGCUUAUGGCGGAUGA